GUUUUCGCACUUUGACUGUCGUUCAGUCUUUGACUCGGGCUUGGUUGUUGUUUUUCUCUUCUUUUCUUGAUUGGGUUGCUUGGUGUUCAUUGUGCAUUGUCAAAACUUGUCGAGAUGCAAGCUGAGGAAGCGGCCGGCGUCGCGCUCGAGCACUUUGCAGCUGGUCGCUUUGACGCUGCCUCACAGGUGGUCCGCGAGAUUGCUCGAGAUCGCCCAAAGGACGUCAAGGUCGCGCACAACCUCGCGCUCGCCGACUUUGUGCGCUCCAAGUUUACCCAGCCGAUCUCGUUCCUGCGCGCGUUAGAGACCAUCAGAGCAUCCCAUGCCAAUCUCUCGCCCGACUCCUUUGACGAUAACAUUGAAUCGAGCGUCUUGUCGUACAACCAUGCAGUUGUGCUGGUGCAUUUGCGUCAGUUUGAGAGCGCAAUUGCCAUUCUCGCUCGGCAAUUCAAGUACAUUCAAGCUGUCGAGGAGACUCUGGCACGCAAAAUCUGCUUCCUUCUUCUCGACCUUUACAUUAACAAGAAGGAAGUCGGCCAUGCUGCUACCAUCCUCACCUAUCUCGAGAAUAUUGCUCCACCCUCGGAACCAUUGAGUGCACCGGCUGCAACAGCUGCUGCUGCUGCUCCCACCGCUUCACCCUCGUCACCCGCAGCCGGAGCAGACUCGUCUGCCUCCCAGUCGCAUGAUUUACCACCCCACGUUCGCUUCCAGUUCAGCAUUUUGCUAUACAAGGCCAAGCUUCACCUGUUGAGCCACUCGAUCAAAAACUGCCAGCGUGAAAUCAAAUCGGCGCUCAACAUUGACAGCCAAAAUGUGGCUGGACUCGUUUUCAAGGCCCGAUUUGAAGUGUUGCGCAGCAAUCCCCGAAAGGCAAUCAAGAUUCUGAGCAGUUGCUACCAACACCACCGACAACGCGUGGAGAACAGUAGCAAAGAGGUCGCGGCGGGUCCAGACCGUCUGACCAUUCUGUAUUUUAACAACCUCGGAUGCGUCCAUCAUGCGAUGGGCAAGCAUUCCAUGGCAGCGCUUUAUUUUGCACGAGCCCUUCAAGAAAACGAGGCGUUUGCGACAGCCAGCUUUGUCAGCACCUCCGCUGCACCCGUUCUCCAUCUUACCUCAUCCUCCUCCUCCUCCUCAUUGUCCAAAGCGUCCUCCAAGGCCAACAGCAAGGCUGCAGCGUCCACGCCAGGAAGUGCAUCAAGUGCCGCAAGACGACCCACGACCAGUCGCGACGUGACCAAGUUUGCGCAAGAUCGGCGGUACGAACUGCUCUACAGCUACGGCGUCCAGCUCUUGCUCACAGAACAGUACGAGGCCGCGUACAAUAGCCUUCAGGAGGCGCUCACCGCCUUGCACAAAAGUCCACGUCUAUGGCUGCGUCUGGCUGAGUGUUGCAUCGGCCACCACCUUCAACAACAACACUCUCGACCACCAAAAGAUGCCGCCCCGCCAGCCGUGCCCGUGCUAUUCCCAGCCGCCGCCUCGUCGUCCGAUGCCUCCACCGACACAAAGGGCGAAAAGCCCGUCUCUGGCUACCUCGUCGACCUGAGCGCUUUGGCAUCGCUUCGACAUUCAUCGACCGACACGGCGCACAAUCCGGUCGCUGCACAACAACCACUGUCGCUGCACAAUGCAAUGGUGUGUCUCCAAAACGCCCUUGUGCUCUUGCCCCACCAUCUCGACGAUAAUCCAGAUGCGCCACCAGCUCCGCCCCUCGACCUGGACAAGGCCAGCCAGGCCCAGAUUGUGGCCGAAAAACAGCGCCAAUCGCGGUUGGCUCUCAAGUACAAUGCACUGUUGAAGCUGGCCUACGUUGCACUCGAGUUGCAAGACCCGGCAACGGCUCUUCUUCACGCUGAAAACCUGGAGCAGAGCUCGCAGGCGCCUGCCAAUUUGCGAUUCCUUGCCACCUUGUAUUCUGUUGAGGCUUGCGUGAUGCUCGGUCGGGUGCACGAUGCUCUGGCUCGCAUCGGUCAGGCAACAUUGCAACUGGACGAACGAAUCCCUCCUGCUGCUGCACAAGCCGUGGCGGUACAGUCGUUCUCAUUUGAACCCACCAAGCAAGUGAUGCAAGACCCCUUGCUGAGCCCGGAUCUUGCUCGAGGUGCAUUGCAAGUCCAGCUCGCUGCUUCCCAAUGCGUGGCCAAUCAACUCGAAGCUGCGGCCAGGUCGCUUCCGCAAGUUGCAGCACCAGAGUUUUCCAAAACAUGGACGUUGCUGCAAAUGUACUUGAAGCUGCGACAAGGCGACUCGGAAGGCGCGAUUCGUUUAGCUCGCAGCCAAGGAGCUGUUCGGAAUGGCUGAUGUACAACCACUUGCAACACAAACGUUUGUCCUGACGCUUUUCGAACAACAGGAAAAAAAAAAACAUCUAACAUGUAUUCACAACGAUAACAACAACUACCACAAACAAAAACCAAA